UACCUCCAUCUUCAUUUUUACAAAUGGGGUCCUUUAGAUCUCUUGCAUUAGUGUUACUAGUUGUGUUUGUUGCACCGGUUGCGGUUCGUGGUUGGGGUGUUGAUGGUCAUUUCAUAACGUGCAAAAUAGCUCAAGGAAGAUUGAGCCAAACCGCGGUAGAAGCGGUCAACAGUUUAUUACCAGAAUACGCAAAAGGCGAUUUGGCGAGUUUAUGUUCAUGGGCUGAUCAUGUUAAGUUCAGAUAUCAUUGGUCUUCGCCGCUACAUUACAUUGAUACCCCUGAUAAUCUUUGCACUUAUCAAUAUAGAAGGGAUUGCAAGGAUGAAGAUGGAGUAAUGGGAAGGUGUGUGGCUGGUGCAAUUAUGAACUACACAACACAGUUGCUUGACUAUGGCAAACAAACAUCUGAUUAUAAUCUCACAGAAGCACUGCUCUUCCUUUCUCAUUUCAUGGGAGACAUUCAUCAGCCGUUACACGUGGGAUUCACUUCAGACAGGGGUGGAAACACAAUCGAUGUCCAUUGGUUCACACGAAAAGCAGUACUUCAUCAUGUUUGGGAUGAUAGCAUAAUCGAGACCGAGGAAGAGAGGUUCUAUGGAUCUAAUGUCGACGAUCUUACAAACGCAAUUGAGACCAACAUAACGAAUGUAUGGGGCGAUCAAGUUAAAGCAUGGGAGAACUGCAGCGGAAGUCAGAAAACCUGCCCGACAACAUAUGCAACUGAAGGAAUAAAUGCAGCAUGCAACUGGGCAUACAAAGGAGUUACAAAUGGUUCAGUUCUUGAAGAUGAUUAUUUUCUAUCUCGUUUGCCGAUUGUGAACUGGCGAUUAGCACAAGGCGGUGUUAGACUGGCAGCAAACCUAAACCGAAUAUUCGGAUAAUGUCAUAGUUUAUAUUGUAGCGAAAACGUUUGACAAAGAAAGAUCAAAUUUAUUUGGAUCAUAUUGAAUUUAAACUAAGCUGCAUCA